AUGGAGUACUUUGAUUUUGAAGGUGCCUCGUCCGCCCAUGAAUCGAACCAUCCAAGUGACGAUGUUGCUUCGGUUGAUCUUCAAUUCGAUGAGCCCGAAGAGCGGGAUGCCCGAUUCAAGUUGCUCCAGGACCAGUCGUUGGACUUUCCUGGCAAUCCUCCCGUCCCGGAGGCGGCCGAACAGUACGCGGGAGGUUCGAUCGGCCCCGAUCAGGACACCGGAGUCUACCCCAUGUUCCGCGCCCAGGAACCCUGUGACUUUUGUCGACGAAUGGGCCUGGACUGUUUUGUUGCCAAACGUGGAGUGAUGCAGAACGGUUGUACCUGUUGUAUCUCGCUCUAUCGUGAAUGCAGUUUCACCCACGCCAAAGUCCCUGGAAAAUUCCUUCAGACCUUACACCCCGUGUCAGAGAAUGCCUACAUUCCUAUAGGCAGCCUCACGGGGAAGAGAGCACUUAAAUCCGUCUCUUAUGGGACUUUUGGAGACGAUACCGAUGCACGAUCUCGCUCCAGUAGCGCUCGAUUCUCCCGCAAGGCUAUCUCAAUUCUCAAGGGCUGGCUGCGCGAUCACAACGAGAACCCAUAUCCCAACGAGUCGGAAAAAGACGAGUUGAAACAGUACACAGGCUUGACCAGAACCCAAAUUUCGAACUGGCUGGCAAACGCCCGACGACGCGGCAAAGUUCGCCCGUUUAUUGGCACUAAUUCGCCCGUGCCAGGAGCCGUUGACAUUCCUGGUCAACCACAACAUCCCAAAGAUCCAGCCCUCAUGACCCCUCUAGAACGUUGGAAAUACUCUCCUCCCGAAAACGAACCGGCUACAAUUAGCGAUAUUACCCGUGCUUUGGCCAAUCCUCCAUUCGAUCCCUCGCGUCAGCGCAGGACCCAUCUUGGUCACGUGAGGCACCGUCACCCGGGGUCUAGUACCAAUGAGUCAAGCCACGCAAGCUCAGAACAUAAAAGAUAUACUGCCUCGGCCAGUAGUCUGGACACUAGUCGGUCAUCCCAUUCAGACCUUUCUUUUGCUUCUGCAUUUUCCCAUCGAUCAUCCCUUUCCUUUGGUUCAAUGGAUCGCAAAGAACGUCGUCGUCGCCGCAAAGUCUCUGUACCUGUCAAUACUUUCAAUUUCCAGAAGGCUAAGGCUGUUCGUCCUUUCCAAUGCACCUUUUGCACUGAUUCAUUUGCUGCCAAGUACGACUGGCAGCGCCAUGAAAAAUCUAUGCACCUUAUCUUGGACAAGUGGACCUGUUCUCCUUUUGGCGGCGUAACAGAGGAGAAUGGUAUACUUCGUUGCGUCUUCUGCCCGGCAGUCAACCCGGAUAGGGAUCACCUUGAAACCCACAAUUACAUUAGCUGUCAAGAGAAGUCCCUUCAGGAGAGGACCUUUUACCGGAAGGAUCACCUCAAUCAACAUCUGCGCCUGAUGCACAAUGCCAAGUUCCAACCGUGUAUGGAGAAAUGGCAAAGUAGCAUCACCGAGAUCAAGUCUCGUUGUGGUUUCUGUGGCUCUCUGUUGCACACAUGGAAGGACCGAGUGGACCACCUCGCCGGCCACUUCAAGAAUGGGGCCAAUAUGGCUCAAUGGCAAGGAGACUGGGGCUUCGAGCCCUCGAUCCAAGAGCGAGUAGAGAAUGCCGUCCCACCAUAUCUCAUUGACUAUGAGUGGAGGUCACCAAACCCAUGGACCGCUGUUCAAGCACAGGGAGACGGCAUCUCCCCACAGCUGGAGGUCCCGGAUGACGCCAAUUGCUACAUGCGCCUUUCACGUGAACUUACGGCAUAUAUUCACAACCAAUCAGCACAAGGGAUUAUUCCAACCGACCUGAUGCUGCAGGCUGAGGCCCGUCGAGUGAUCUACGGAAAUGACGACCCUUGGAAUCAGACCUGUGCAGACAAUCCGCUCUGGCUGACAAUCCUGAAGCGAGACACUGGCCUAGAGACUGUCGUCAAUAAUGACAGCAUUCAACUCUCUGAUCUUGGAUUGCAGCCCCCUUUCGCCGUCCACGGCGGCCUGCGCGAGCCUCCCCGGGAAACCAAUAUCCUGGCUAGGACGGUAGGUCCUGAUGCCCUCCCCAGUCCAGCCGUGUCUAGCCCUAGUCUACAAAGCCCCGCCUACCCCCCCACCGGUUUCUCCUCUGCUGCGCCCAGUGGGCAAGGAAGUCUGUCGGGGAGUUAUGCUGGUAGCUCAGGGAUGAUAUCAGCUGGCGUGCCAGCGUUCAUCUCCGAUUGGAGCAGCAGUCUCACUGGCAACCCCUCCUCGUCUUCUGCUCCUGCAGAGGCAGGGCCACCUGAUCCGCUGGUGCAGAUGGGAUUCGAUCCGGAGUUCCUACAAAGGCUCAACGACAGCUACAGUGAACUCACGCCGCCUGAUAUGGAAAGUCUACCUUUGGAUGCACCUGUGGAUUAUGAGGGCAAGGGGAAGCAGCCGUGGUUGAACCCGGCAUCGCAGGCUCCUCCUCUCGUGGGCGUGCCUGCUUCAGAUCCUCUUGCCAUCCUCCAUUCCAAAGAGGGCCACCAUCCUGCGUCAGACGCCGCCCAACCUGGGCUGCCUGCAUUUUGCGACGAUACUGGGUUUUUCUAA